UCCUUUUGUUGCAGGCCAGCCUUUCUCUGUAGGCCAGCGCGAGUGCUUCUCUGCAACGGCCAGCCUUCCUCUGCAGACCAGCGCGAGUUCUUCUCUGCAACGACACGGCCUUCUGGACGUACCGCUGUUGUGGAACCAGUGCCCAGUGGCCGACACGAAAAUUUUAUCUCGAGUGCAAGAUUUCGCAUCGUGUUACGCCUCUUAAGAAACGCCCUUUCCAGCCUCCGUCGAGAAUUUUCAUCAGAGCACGGCCCUUGGGGAGCACGAGGCAUGGGUAUUAUUCUCAGAAUACUGAAAACAGAAAGCCUUCCAAGUAUGGUGCAACAUUCUCCCUGCACGAAUCUUAUCGGCGGUAUUCAACGUGACGCGUGUGAAACGAUGCUUGAACUCUUGGACGGCUCCUCCCGCUUCGCCCUGACCGAGGCAAAAGCCGAGCCGUCGGACGUCGCCCGCUGCGAGCACGUUGUCUACACAGUGGCGUUCACUUCUGACAUGGAUGAGCGUGCACCGGAUGAAUGCCUUGAGAAGGAGAGGACGGACUACAGGCACAAACUAGGGUUCGCGAACAGCCUCGCGCAGGCCUCCGAAGUUGUCCUUCGAGUGGAUUCGCGCUGCGAGAACUUACCUGAACUGUGCUGCGAGAACGGCAUGGAGGGAACUCCGGAGCUCUUCCGCACGCUCUGCCAGAGGUCCGUGAACGAGCUGGGCUGCUCGCUUUUCGAGGACCACUGCUGCGAGCCUUGGGUGGACAAAGACGUCUUUGCAGACAUCAGCAAGAAUUGCCAGCUACUGACUCAGAAGCUCGAGUUCCCGUACACGCAGGUGGUAGGUACGCCGCUGACAGCCGGGUUCUUGGACUGCACAUCAAACGGUUCCAUCGACCUGCAUCCCGUGCAUGUUCACGCCAUACUUCAGGCUACCGUAACAGAUCCGCUUGGCGACGCCUGUAUGACGCGUAAUACGCACAGGAACGAUCUGCGCAUCUUCCGGUACAGUUGCGAACAGGUACCUCCAACCACAGGCCUCCUUUUCCGUGAUGUCUCGUACAGCUACGUCCGUCUCGAGAACCUAAUGGAGCCGAGGGCGCUGCUUCAAACAUUGCGUCAUGCUGCCGAUGCGGUUCAAGCCUACCCGGAAACCGCCUGCCGCUUCCUACGUGCCACUACGCACCAGGAGUGCCGGUAUGACGUCAGAUCACGUUCACAGGUUCUGCUGUCGUCUUCGCAAUACAUCAGUUUCCAGCGACCCUGGUGCGUGGCCGGCGACUGCCUGAAACUGAAGCAUAAGCUCCUGCUAAGGUGCCUCGCCAACAUCUCCGAGCUCAACCUGACAACCAGCCACUUCUCGUUCGGCGGCGACUUUUGCUUCGGCAUGUAUGCGGGGCUGUCCGAGCUGAGCUUGCUGGCGCUUCCAAUGUGCGCCAUCCUUAUUUGGGAACGUUUGCUCCAAUGGCUCGCGCGUGGCCACCGGUUACUGGUCGAGCUGGGCGUCGGGAAUAGCGACGUUGUUCCCUGCACCGCCUGCAAAUUACCGCGGAUGUUCACAGAGCGUGACUUCGGGUGGCUACUCUGGGAGACGAGGCUAUGGCGGCUGGGCAUCGGCGAGACUGCGAGGAUAACGACGGUCACGUUUCUGCUAGGUCGCCUUGUGACCGACCGUCACUUUAACCUGGACAGUUUGGCGAGUGACGCCACCUCUGUUUCCUGCCGUGGGUACUGCCAACUCAUCUGCGCCAAUCCCGGGCUCUUUCUGUCAACCAUUGAGUCACUUCGGUUUUCGUUUGGCCAUGAGUCAGAUAAGUGAUUCACAAUGGCUCACUUUCCGGCGGUGCGAUCCUCGUCGGCGCCGUUUCACGUGCUCCAUAUUAGGAGAAAAAAUAUGAACGUUUUGACGGUGUCUCCUGGCUGGCUGAAACUGAACUGACAGAAGUGGACGACUGCGAGCGGGUCGUCGAGAAGGUAGGGUUCACUUCUGACACGGAUGAGCAGACAGUGGAUGAGUAUCGUCUGAAGUUCAGAGUACAGCAACGUUGUGUGACGUUGCUGUGUUCUUUAAUGUGUUAAUAACGCAAUAAAUGUCAUUUUAGUUCGUCGCAA